UCGAUCGCUUGACGCCCUUGUUCGGGAAAACCCACCCAAACAAUUAUUUCCUCAUGUCAUGGUGGUAUAUUGUCAAUUGCGAUCAAGCAUUGCCUUCCGUUUUAUAUUGUUUUUCCAUAUAUUAUUCAUACUUCAAUUUGACAGCGCUGCUUUACAGACUUUAAAAAUGGGCGGGCAGAUCCAAAAGAUGAAGAAAAUGAUUACAGGUGAAGAGCCUAAGUUUCCAGACACUCUAGAAGGGUUUGGCUACCAUUUUGACAAAGAAGGGAGAAUGCGUUCAAUUGAGAAGGGAGAACCGUUCAACUUUGACGUGAAAGCAGGCGAUGGGUCGUACAACCAGAAGCACUACAAUGCCUUGGGAGAGGUUAUCACCAAUACAGUGUAUGAAAUGCUGGAAAAGGAGUACAAGCUGCAGAGGACCUACCUUCCUGCGCAAGCAGAGCGCGACCAGCCUCGGUCGUUUGUGUUUGUCAGUGGGGACCUGUACCACAACUCAGAUAAGCUGCUAAUCCUUAUCCAUGGCAACGGAGUGGUGCGAGCCGGCCAAUGGGCUCGCAGGUUGAUAAUGAAUGACUGCCUGGACAGUGGCACCCAGUUCCCCUUCAUCAAGUGGGCCAGAGAGAACGGUUAUGCAGUGAUCGUGGCCAACCCUAACCUGAACGUCGACGAAUCCAGCAAACCAGUGCCUAUUAAGGGUCAUUCAACACCGGAAGAGCAUGUGGAGUCCAUGUGGGUGGAGCUUGUACACAAGGCCAAGGCCAAGCACAUUGCAAUCGUGGCCCAUAGUUACGGGGGCGUGUCCACUGUAGAACUGGCAAAGAAGAGGCUGAGGGAAUUUGAAGAGCGUGUUUUUGCAAUUGCACUGACAGAUUCUGUCCACAGUCUUAGGGAGCAGAAGCCCCAUGAAGACUUGGAAAAAUUCUACAAGAAGUGUGUGAUUAACUGGGCGUCAGCAUUUGAUCCCUUGGAUGCCCCGCUGCUGACAGACAAUGACAAGGUGCCAACAGUGUCAGCAGGGACAGACAAACAUGAGUACACCAGCUUUAGCAGCAUGAAAUCAAUCUUCAAGUUCUUUAAUAAGCGCUAUGAAGAAACCUUACAUCCAGAAAAGUCGGGGGCAACACAAUCUACUGAGCCAUCUGGGACUUUGAAAAAAUUGAAUUUGGGGGAGGGAGAUGGACAAUUGGAAGAGCAGAAUUUUGACUCAACCAAUCAGGCGCCAAGAGACAAAAGUGGUUCAGCCAAUAGCGAUGCAGAUAAGAAUGGAAACAGUCAUGAAGGCACAAAAGUGGAUGUUGACGGCCACAAUAGCGAUUUAAAUGUGCAAACUGAUCCACAAGAAACAGUUGAAAGAAAAGAAUCUCCAAAAAGUGAAUUAUAAAGACACACAUGUAAAAUGUGUUUCACUUUGAGCUGAUCUGACUGGCCCAAGCAGGUUGAAGAGCAUGUAUCAGUUACAUGUUUAAAUACUAUAAACAUGUUGUGAGCUAAUUUUAUAACAUAUCUUCGAUAUUGUGUGACGAUUCGUGUACAUAUAUGUAAACUAUUGAAUGUUCUCUGUAAUGACAGAUUUUCUUAAAGUAUCCAAGGUUUCAAAAAAUGAAUUACCAGUUUGAAAUCGUUGUUAUUUCCUUAUAACAGAAACGCAUAAAAUAUACGAAGCUAUCACAUUUCCUCUUAAUUAUGUCUGCUUUUAUUGCGAUGUGCAGAUGUGCAAUGGGGUAUUAUAUAUUAUAUAUGCAUAUACAUUUUACUAUAUAUGAAUGAAGUUAAAGUCUUUUUUUGUAAAUAAAAAUGUUACAUAAACAACAA